CGCUAGCUGUCGGAGGCCCUCAGUGUACCUUCCUGCGGUGUAGUCGUUCAGACAGGUCGGGAUGUUCUCAGGGGCUCCUCGGAAGAAGAGCAGCGCCAAGCAGCAGGCGGUGGCGGAUCUGCUGGUGUUCGGCUAUGCCUGCAAAGUGUUCCGAGACGACGAGAAGGCCUUGUACCACGAGCAGGGCAAGCACCUCAUCCCUUGGAUGGGAGACCCCCACAUUCUCAUCGAUAGGUAUGAUGGGCGAGGUCAUUUGCAUGACCUAUCUGAAUAUGAUGCAGAGCACAACUCAUGGAACAGAAACUACAAUUUAUCUGAAGAAGAGGCUCGUAUAGAAGCUUUGUGUGAUGAAGAGAGGUAUUUAGCCUUGCAUACGGACUUGCUUGAAGAGGAGGCACGGCAAGAGGAAGAAUAUAAGCGGCUAAGCGAAGCCCUAGCAGAAGAUGGAACAUAUAAUACAGUGGGUUUUAAGUACCAGAGUGACUAUUAUGAUCCUUCACAACCCACAGAAGAGGAGGAGCCACAGAAGGAUGAGAAAGAUUCAAGUGAUCUUGAAGAUAAUGAAGAACCUUUUAUUGCACCUGAAGGGCUGAAUGUGCCAUCUGAUGUAGAACUGCCAGCUACAGCAAAAAUGCACGCCAUCAUUGAACGCACAGCAAGUUUUGUCUGCAAGCAGGGUGCUCAGUUUGAGAUCAUGCUAAAGGCAAAGCAAGCCCGGAAUUCACAGUUUGACUUCUUACGAUUUGACCACUACCUCAACCCUUACUAUAGGCACAUACUGAGAGCCAUGAAGGAGGGACGCUACACUAUGCUGGCAGAAAAACAAAAUGAAAAGCAGAAAAAAUUUGUGGCCAGCACAGAAAAUGAUGAUGAUGAGGAGGAUGAUGAUGACGACGAUGAGGGCAGUGAUUACUUGCAUCCAAGUCUUUUUGCUUCAAAGCGCUGUAGCAGGCUUGAAGAGCUCACAAGGCCCUUAAAGGUGAUUGAUCCAGACCACCCACUAGCAGCUCUUGUCAGAAAAGCAAAGAAUGAAAAGAUGGCCUCUCAGCUAGCUGCUAAUGUUGCACCUGCUCCAGCUCCAGAUACUCAGACAGAAACCACUACAGAGACAUCAACUGUGACAUCUACAUAUUAUAAUUACUACAUGCUACCUGAUGGAACAUACUGUCUUGCACCUCCCCCACCAGCAGUGGAUGCCAGUGCUUCUUAUAGUUCAAUAACUGCUGGAGAAAAUACAGAGAGUACAAAAGAAUCUGCCAUUCCUGCUCCACAAACUACCAUCUUGCCAUCUCUAAACAGCGUUGACAGCAGCAACAGGUUAACUGCUGGUUUGGGUGCAACAAGCACACUUGCCCCAGUUGUGGCCAUUAUUCCUCCACCUCCUGAUAUACAGCCUGUGAUUGACAAGUUAGCUCAGUAUGUGGCACGGAAUGGAAUUAAAUUUGAGACAAGUGUCCGGGCAAAAAAUGAUUCAAGGUUUGAGUUCCUGCAACCAUGGCACCAGUAUAAUCCAUACUAUGAAUUUAAGAAGCACUUUUUCAUGCAAAAAGAAGGAAUUAUUCCUCAGCCUUAUACAACACCAGAUGAGAACAGCAUUUCUACAGAAUCCUUAAAUGACCCUGUCAUGCACAGUGUUACUGUAGAUGAUGGAAGUAAUACAGAAGGAGCAUCAGGAGCACUAAGUGCCAAUGUUGAUGCAUCUUCUAGCAGUAAGCCUGUCUGUGAUGGAAAGCUGAAAGUCUCAUUUGCUCCAAUAAGCUUUGCCAUAAAGAUGAAAGAAACAGAUUUUCUGCCUCUUGAGAAAAACAGAGUUAAAUUAGAUGAUGACAGUGAAGAGGAAGAUGGGGAUGGCAAAGACGGACAGCAAACCAAAACCAGCAGUUCUUCUAGUAAUAGCCAGACCCUAAACACUGCAACUAUUGUUGCUGAAGAAAAGAAACCACAGUUAACUCCAGAGGAACUGGAGGCAAAACAAGCAAAGCAGAAACUGGAGGACCGACUGGCAGCAGCAGCCAGAGAGAAAUUAGCACAGGCGGCAAAAGAAUCUAAAGAGAAACAACUGCAGGCUGAACGUAAAAGGAAGGCAGCACUUUUUCUGCAAACACUGAAGAAUCCAUUAGAGAUGGAAUCGGGAAGGCAAGAGGAGAACAAUUACGGCCAAGAGGUUGGGAACAUGGACUAUGACCUUCUACCAGAAGAUAUCAUUGUGCCUACUACAGAGUAUCCUAUGACAGCAAGGUCCCCAAUUCAAGAAUACUCUCGGGUUGAAAGAGAGAAAAAGAAGAAGAAAAGGAAAAAGAGAUCCCGUUCCAGAUCACAUUCUCCAAAGAUUCAUUAUAAUUCCAAAUCUCGUUCCCAUUCAAAAGUUAAGCAUUCUCUUCCCACCGCCUAUAGAACAGUUCGGCGCUCCAGAUCUCACUCAAGGUCACCAAGAAAGGUUUCUCAGUCAUCAGAAAGGAGAAGAGAAGAUGACCGGGCAGUUACAUGUUCAUAUCGUGCCGGAUACACUCCUGGAAACAGCAAGAAGCGCUCACGAUCACGAAGUCCACAUGACAAUCGGAAGAAAAGGCAUUCGAGGUCAGAAUCCAAAACGAAAGUGAGGUCGUUUUCCCGCUCACCCAGCAGACAAGGAGCACACAGUUCAACACACUCAACCAGUAUCUCUCCCGUGGAGAGCAGAGGGUCCAGCCAAGAGCGAUACAGGGGAAACUCCCAGGACAAAGAUGGCCAUAUUGCGUCAGAAAUUGUCUCUUCCGUUCAGACCAAAAUAACUCAGGAUCUCAUGGCUAAAGUCAGAGCAAUGCUUGCAGCCUCCAAAAAAAUGCAUUCUAGUGCUUCCUGAUAUGUUCGGAACAGUC